CCCUCACCGGGGCGAUGGCGGCGGCGCUCCGGAUGCGAGGAUUCGGCGCUGGCCUCGCCGCCGGCGUCGUGCUGGCCCUCUGCCUGCUGCCGGCCCCCGCCGCCUCGCACGAGGGUGGCCACUCGCACGAGGAUGUGUACCACGGGCACGGCCACUCGCACGAGGACUUGUAUCAUGGCCAUGGCCACGGCCACUCGCACGAGGGCAUGUACCACGAGCACGGCCACUCGCACGAGGGCUUGCACCAUGGCCACGGCCACUCGCACGAAGGCAUGUACCACGGCCACUCGCACGAGGACGUGCACCAUGGCCAUGGCCACUCGCAUGAGGACUUGUAUCAUGGCCAUGGCCACGGCCACUCGCACGAGGGCAUGUACCACGAGCACGGCCACUCGCACGAGGACCUGCACCAUGGCCACGGCCACUCGCACGAAGGCAUGUACCACGGCCACUCGCACGAGGGCUUGCACCAUGGCCAUGGCCACUCGCACGAGGACGUGUAUCACGGCCACUCGCACCAGGACGCCCGCCGCCCCUCGCACGAGCGUUUAGCCCCGGAUCCCUCCAAACCGUCGCCGCGGUCGGACACGGUGACUCUGUGGAUGCACACGAUGGCGGCCACCCUGGUGAUCAGCGCCGCCCCGUACCUCGUCCUCUUCCUCAUCCCGGUGGAGUCCAACGCUCCCCGGCACCAGGCGCUCCUCAAACUGCUCCUCAGCUUCGCGGCGGGGGGGCUGCUGGGAGACGCCUUCCUCCACCUCAUCCCCCACGCCCUCGCCCCCCACGCGCAUCACGGCGACGGCGGCCACGCGCACGCCGAGCCGGGCGGCCACGGUCACUCGCACCACGGCCAGGAGCACGGCCGCAUGCUGACGGUGGGGAUGUGGGUGCUCGCCGGCAUCGUGGCCUUUUUGGUGGUGGAGACCUUCGUCCGGCACGCCAAGGGCGGCCACGGCCACGGCCACGGCCACGGCGCAGGGGUGAAGGCCAAGAGCAGCUCCAGCGAAGGUGAGGAGGAGCCGGGGGCGACGGGGCGGCGGGGAGAGGACGGCCACCAAGGGCCACCGCGGCAAGAACCGGCCGGCGGGGAAGGUGGCGGAGGAGUCCGGGGAACUGGAGGGGGACCCAGUGGGGACCGGGACACGGUUGGGGGUGACAAGGAGUGGAGGGGGACCCCAUUAGGGACAGGGACACUGGGGGCCAUGGAGGUGUCGGGGUACCUGAACUUGGCGGCCGACGUGGCGCACAACUUCACCGACGGGCUGGCCAUCGGCGCCUCCUUCCUGGCGGGGACGGGGUUGGGGACGGUGACGGCGGUGACGGUCCUGCUGCACGAGCUGCCCCACGAGGUGGGCGACUUCGCCAUCCUCGUCCAGUCGGGCUGCAGCAAGCGCAAGGCCAUGCGGCUGCAGCUGGUGACGGCGCUGGGAGCGGUGGCCGGGGCGGCCUGCUCGUUGUUGGCCGAGCGAGCGGGCGAGGCGGCCAUGUUGGGGGUCCUGCCCUUCACCGCCGGCGGGCUCAUCUACGUGGGCACCGUCUCCGUCAUCCCCGAACUGCUGCGGGACGCCGGGCCCCUCCAGUCCUUCCUCCAGGUCCUGGGGCUACUGGCCGGAGUCGCCAUGAUGGUAGCCAUCGCCCACUAUGAGUAGGGAGCCCUGGAGGGUGGGGUUUGGUUUUUUUUUUGGGGGGGUGGGGGGUGGUUUUCCAGCCCCAUGUGUGCCCCAUUUUGGGGGCUUGUUCCUCUGGGGAGAGGGGGAGCCGUGUUGACCCCCCCCCAGCUCUCUGGACCAAAGCGGGGGGGUCCUGUGGCUCCCUGAUUUGGGGGGGGGGGGGACACACAACUUCGGCGCUGGGGACCAAGGGGGGGUGACAUGGGGGGACGGGACCCAGGUGUCCGGGGUCCCUGUUACCGGGCGGAUUUUGGGGUGAUGACUUGUGUUUUUUUUUAACGACUGUAGCAGAUUGUGGCUUCGAUUAAUUAAAAGAGUAAAGGCUGA